AUGUCACCACAGACUGAGGUGAAAGCUAAGGAGAUGAAGAGCAUUCCAUAUGCUUCAGGAGUUGGGAGUUUGAUGUAUGCCAUGGUCUGUUGUAGACCAGAUCUUGCACAUGCAGUUAGCCAAGUUAGCAGGUUCAUGGCUAACCCUGGCAAGGAGCAUUGGAGAGCACUGAAAGGUGUUUUCAGAUACUUGGUGGGCACAGUUGGAGUUGGUAUUUGCUAUGAACAGGAAGGUAGAAAGGAGAAGAAUUCCAACAUGACCAAGAAGAACCAGAGCCGAAUGAUUGGUUUUGUGGAUGCUGAUUACGGAGGAGAUAUGGACACACAUCGUUCUACCACAGGUUAUGUGUUUUGUUUGAACGGAGGUCCAGUGUCAUGGAGAUCAAGCUUGCAACCAAUCACGGCAUUGUCUACAACGGAAGCGGAGUAUAUUGGCAUCACAGAAGCUGCCAAGAAAGCUCUAUGGUACCACCGGAUUAGGGAGUUGGUGGAAGAACGUAAAGUGGAGCUAGCCAAAGUUCAUACGAAGGAGAACCUGGCAGAUGCACUGAUCAAGAUUCUUCCAAGGGAUGGCUUCCUUAGGUGUGUGACGCUGAUGGGAUUGAUGGACCAGGAGAAGCUUGCAAAGGCUUUGGAGUGCUAA